AUAGCCUACGCACAAUAAUACACUUCAGGAAACAUAAUUAGUUCAAGAUUUUUUGUCAGAAGUGAAAUUUAAAUGCAAACGGAUUCUUUCGGAAGACUUUUUUGAUGUGACUUCAUGUAAAUGUCAUCCAAAGAACACCGAAACGGCGAGAUAUUUUGAAGAUUUUCAUAUUGUAAUUUUGUUGCGGGAGGGUUUGUGCAGCCCCUGUCUCUCAGGCGUUGUUGUGAAUUGAUCUAACAUGGCGACUGUACCAGUUUAUUGCAUCUGUAGAUUACCUUACGACGUAACCCAGUUUAUGAUCGAAUGCGAUGCCUGCAAGGACUGGUUUCACGGCAGCUGUGUCGAUGUGGAUGAAGAUGAGGCUCCAGAUAUUGACAUCUAUCACUGUCCCAACUGUGAGAAGACCCAUGGCAAGUCUACAUUGAAAAAGAAAAAGAACUGGAACAAGCAUGACACGGGGCAGAGCACGGACGUCAAGCCUGUCCAGAACGGCAGCCAGGUGUUCAUCAAGGAGCUUCGAAGUCGGACGUUCCCCAGUUCUGAGGAUGUUGUGGUGAAGCUGAACGGGAGUCAGCUGACCUUGGAGCACCUGGAGGAGCUGGGGUUCACAGAGCCCAUCCUGGUCAUGAAGAAAGAUGGCCUGGGAAUGGCAAUGCCAGCUCCAACAUUCUACGUUAGUGACGUAGAGAACUAUGUCGGUCCAGAUGUCGUUGUAGAUGUUAUCGAUGUUACCAAACAGACUGAAAGCAAGAUGAAGCUCAAGGAGUUUGUUGAUUAUUACUACAGCACAAACAGGAAGCGUGUAUUAAAUGUGAUCAACUUGGAAUUUUCUGAUGCAAGAAUGGCGAGCAUAGUGGAGAGUCCCCAGAUCGUGCGGAAGCUCUCCUGGGUGGAGAACUACUGGCCGGACGACGCCCUGCUGGGGAAGCCCAAAGUGACCAAGUACUGUCUGAUCUGCGUGAAGGACAGCUACACGGACUUCCACAUCGAGUGCGGAGGGGCCUCCGUCUGGUACCACGUCCUGAAGGGAGAGAAGAUCUUCUUCUUAAUCAAGCCCACGUCUGCCAACCUAGCCCUGUACGAGCGCUGGAGGUCCUCGUCCAAUCACAGCGAGAUGUUCUUCGCCGACCAGGUGGACAAGUGUUACAAGUGCACCCUGAAACAGGGGCAAACUCUGCUGAUUCCUUCAGGGUGGAUAAAUGCAAUACUGACCCCAGUGGACUGUCUGGCUUUCUCUGGCCACUUUAUACACAACUUGAGUGUGGAGAUGCAGAUGAGAGCGUAUGAAGUGGAAAAACGUCUGAAAGUGGCCAGCCUCACUCCCUUUUCCAACUACGAGACGGCCUGCUGGUACGCAGGACGGCAUCUGCUGGAGCGCUUCAAAAGUUUACACAAGUCCAAUAAGCAGCCAGCUCCGUACCUGAUACACGGGGCCAAAAUUAUUAAUGGAGCUUUCCGAUCAUGGACUAAAAAACAGGCUCUUCUUGAACACGAGGACGAACUUCCAGAGAAUAUGAAACCAGCACAGCUAAUUAAAGACCUUGCCAAAGAAAUCCGGAUUUCAGAGAACGCCACAAAAGCCAUCAAGGCUGAGCCCAGCAGCAAGCCACCGGCCGAGGACCCCCCGCCACCCCCGCCACCCCCCCCUCCGGAGCCAGAGGAGCCUGUGUCCCCCGCCCACGUCCCCACCCCCCCCAGAGAAAAAACAUCCCGGAAGAAGACCCCCAAACCCCCCAAACCGCCCAAACCACCCAAACCCCCAAAACUCCCAAAGACCCCCAAAGUGAAGGAUGGAGGGAAGAAGAAAGGCAAGAAAGCGAAAGAGGGCGGAGUCGUGCCCAAGGCCUCCAGCCUGGCCGCUCUGGAGUCCCAUGCAAAGGACAUCCUGACCAAGAUGGACCAGCCCAAGAAAGGGAAGGCCGCCAAGAAUGUUUUAAGUAUGUCAGAGAAAGAGAUAAGCAAGCAAAAUGAUGUUGACAAGUUUGAAAUCCGAGAACAGAACAAGAACAAAACGGAGGCAAAAUGGAAGUACAAGAACAGUAAACCAGAUUCCUUGCUAAAAAUGGAAGAAGAACACAAAUUUGAGAAGACGCCGCUAUCAGGAAAUAAAGACAACAAAUUUGCUUUUUCAUUUACUAAUAAAAAACUGCUGAGCUCGAAAGGCCUCAAACCCCAGACCAACUCUGGCAUCUUCGGAUCGUUACAAAACUUGAAGGAGGACAAAGCCAAACCGGUGAGGGAUGAGUACGAGUACGUAUCGGACGAGGGAGAGCUGAAGAUCGACGAGUUCCCCAUCAGGAGGAAAAAGAACACGACGAAAAGGGACCUGCCCUUUUUAUCAAGCAUUAAAGAUCCCGUUCAACCAUCCAAAAAACCAAAGCUCCUCUCUGCAGCUCCCAAGAAAGUAGAGUCGUCAGAUGAAGAAUCACUCCACAUAGACACAGAGGCCAAGCCGGAGGUCAAAGGUCGGAACUCAAAGGUCAAGAAGGAAAGUGGCAGUGCGGCAGGCAUCCUGGACCUGCUGCAAGCCAGCAAGCAAGUGGGUGGCAUCGACUACAGCGCCAACAGUCAGCCACCUGCAUCCCCCAGCACACAGGAGGCCAUUCAGGGCAUGUUGUCCAUGGCUAACCUGCAGUCUUCAGAGAGCUGCCUGCAACCGGCGUGGAGCAACAGCCAGUCCAAGAGCAACUCGCACUCGGCCCAGCCGGGCAGGAAGUCGGGCGGGGGAGGCGGCAACAACAAGCGGCCGGCCAAGCGGCUCCCCAAGAAGACGCGGAAGAGCGUGAGCGUGGACAGCGAGAUGUUCGACGACGACCAGGACCACCUGGACGCCUGCUUCAAGGACUCCGACUACGUUUACCCGUCUCUGGAGUCGGAGGAAGACAAUCCUAUUUUCAAAUCCAGAUCUAAGAAGCGGAAAAAUUCUGACGACACUCCGUACAGCCCAACAGCACGGGUUGGUCCCUCAGUCCCGCGGCAGGAGAGGCCGGCUCGGGAGGGGGCGAGAGUGGCGUCCAUAGAGACCGGGCUGGCAGCCGCCGCAGCCAAACUGUCUCACCAGGAGCAGCAGAAAACAAAGAAGAAGAAGAAGAGCACCAAAAAGAAGGCUCUGCAGGAGGAGCCCCGCAAGGUCUCUCAGGAGAGCAGCUCCCCGGAGCCCAGCAUGGACACGCAGGACUGCAGCCUGGCGGACCACGAAUACACCGCCGGCACGGGCAAGCCCGCCGGAGCCCAGCCCAUGGCCCCGGGGGUCUUCCUCACGCAGAGACGGCCCUCCACCUCCUCCCAGAACGCCUCCUCCGCCAAGGGCGAGCGCGGGGUCACGGCAGAGGCCAAAGCCAAGCGACAAAAGAAAGGCAUGGCUACAGCCAAACAGAGACUGGGAAAGAUCCUAAAAAUCCAUCGGAACGGGAAGCUUCUCCUGUGAGCGGGGCCAGAAGCGGGCCCUCACCCCAUUACUCCUCUCUGAUCAUGGACAACAGCAGCAAAAACUACCACACAAAAAGAGGAGUAAAACAGGUUACACAUUAUCAGUUUCUAAGAAGACCAUAGUUCAAAUAGGUUUUUGCCUCUACUUAUUCUUUAUAACUUUCAGAUAUUAAAAGUGUACAGAAUACCUGCUAUAAAUAUUUUUUAAGAAAUACAUGUGUCUCAUUUUACUACAGCUGUCAGUCUAUCAGGGGUUGCUAAAAACUAAAUUUCAAAAGGAAAAAAAACAUUGCAGUCAUUCCAAGUCCCAGAAAGUAUCCCUUGCAUGUUGUUCAUUUUAUGCAUGUACGUUUUAUUUUCAUUUUUCAUUAAUGGUGGGGGGGUGGGGGGUGGCAUAUCAGUCAGUCCUGUAAUUCAUUCCUCCUAUAUGGAUUUGGCUUGUCACUGUCUUGCAUUGAAAGUUCAAGAGUGGGACAUAUUUUAAUACAAAAGGACCCUCUUUCCCCUCCAAUGUCUCUCAUUUUCUUCCUCGCUUUUCGUUAAAAUAUAAACUGUUGAGAUUGAUUUAUUAUUGAUUUACCUUUUUGCUAAGCACUAUCAGUAAAAAUAUUUAUUGACGUAAAAUUGACGUAAAAUUAAUUUAGAUAGAUUCAUAAAAAGCCGAAUGGCACUUACAAAAUAAAUCAACAAAGCACUAAGUCAUUGUGUGAGCUACACUAAACUCUUAAGUUCACAGAAUAGCAGACUAGUCACACUGAGCCAAACACGUUAGCAAAUGCACAGCCUGUAACAGAACCUAAAUCUCGGAGUCUUGUAGCUGUCUAUGCCGAGGGAAAGUAGCCUAUAUGUUGAUCACUGAUCAUAAAUCAAAUGUGCGAUUAUACAUAUUGCACACUUGUUCAUAUUUUAAGCCCAUUCGUUAAAUUAAUAAUGGUGGGCUUAAAUGCAUAAUCAUAUAAUAUAUAAUAUAGUAUAUAAUAAUAUUUAGGUUGCAGCCAUCUGCAAGAAACAUCAACAGCACAAAAUCAUGUAUAAGCGCUGCAUUUAUGAAUGCAGUAUUUCAUUAUUUCGGUAUUUUCGUUGUGAAUGAAAUAUCGCAUUCACCAGGACAGAGCGUUCGGUUUGAAUUAACACAGAAUCUUAGCCCAGCCCCAUAUCAAAUGAAUCUUUUUAAAGACUUAUAUAUCAAAGCCAAGUUAUACAUGUCGCACUUCUGUCGGUGUGUUUGUAUUUGAGUGCAUGUGUGUUGUGUGAGUAUCUGCGUGUAUGUCUGUGAGAGAGAGAGAGACCUUCUGCUUGCUUUCCUGCUGUGUCACAUACUGUAUGGUCACAUGUUUCUCCCAAGAAGGGACUAUUACAAUGUUCCACAGAUCUUGAGAAAAUCAGUAUUAUGGACAGAAACUUUAAAUUUGAUUUUGCACAUUUAGAACCGUUCAAAUAAGGCAUAUUUAUUCAAUAAGAACACUAAAUGAAUGGGACCUAUAACUGACAAGCCUCAUCAUCCAAAAUUUUUAUUUUUAUUUUUUUAUAUUUUUUAACAUGGGGAUACUUUCUUAGUAAUAUUUGUUUCACAGGCAGCACCAGUUAUUGUAGAUUGAAAUAUGCAUUUAUAUCACAUUGCAGUACAGUAUGUAGAAUGUAGCUUGUAUAUAGCUUUUUAAAUUACUACUUUUUGUAUCAGUUUUCUUUGUAUUAAUACUUCAUUAUGUUUUUACUAGUUUUUGCUAAUUAUAAACAAAAAUAUAUAAAUAUAUAGUCUCAUUUCCCAUUGUAUUAGAAACAAGGUAGAGCUGUUUUUAUUUUUAACCGUUUUAACUUUCAUUUUAUUUUUUAUUUUAUUAAGACUUAAGGUGUUGCCUGGAAAACAAAAACAAAAUAAUGAAAAACAUUCAAUGUUGUAUGGCCUUACACACACAAUGCUAACUGUGUUGUACAAAUUCAGCUGAAACGAGAGGAAGCACGGAGAGCUAACAGAAACGCUUCCAUUCCAUGACCAGCCUCUUCUUCUUGUUCUCGUGCCCUGAUGGGAUUCAGAAUUCUUUUACUAGCACCUUGUGAAGUGUUUUGUGUCAGUGAUGUAAUUUAUUAAUGUUUGUAGCCUUUUAUAUUUGUACAUUUCUCAAGAGCUUUGUUUUUAAAUAUUUUAUCAGCCUGUGAAAUUCUUCCUGUAGGAAUCUAGUAUCAGUAAGUAUAAGACAGAACCCUGUGGUCUCGCUGAGGCACUAGAAGAUCCAUUUUUUUAGUACGAAUAUGAUUUACUGAAAAAUGUAUUUUUUUUUUUUUUUACAACUCUGUCAGUUAUUGCAGUUAACAGGUCAAUACAGAUUAAUACAUGCAUUAUUAUUAUUAUUAUUAUUAUUAUUAUUAUUAAGCAGCUAUGUGGUAUAACCCUGCCAUCACGCCUUUGAUUUUUUUUUGGUAAUACAGUAUAUACAUUUCUAACAAGGUUUACUGUGGUAAUCUAUUGCAGCAUUUUAGUUACCAAUGUAAAUCUUGUAUCCGCUUCUCAGAAUUGAAAUACUCAGAUCAAACUUUGUCAAUUGAACUAUUUCAGGUUUUUAUUUGUACAAAAUGUGUUUUGCUUUGUUGUGGUUUAUUUUUAUAUGUUCAGCCCAUUAAAUACAUGCACUGCACUGGGGCAGUGUAAGAUCCA